AUGAGCUUGGAAGACAUGAGGUUGCUAGCAGCAGCCUACCCUGGGGCAUUCGCCGCUGUAUCCUCCUUGACGGCGAUCAACUACCAUCAUGGCUAUUCACUGCCUUUGCCGUUUGUGUACCCGAGCCCUGCAAAUCAACUGUCUGCGCUAGACUGUUCAGUUAGACACCACCGUCACAUCCUUCAGGAAGAGUCUCCAAUGCGACCAGCCGUGUCCCCUUCUGUGAUAAGAUCUUCAGCAACUCCGGGAACGGGCAAGAUAAAGGCUUUUCAAGGAGUCAGAAAGACUCUCAAAAGGUCGCCUACAGCAUCUGCUAUACAUGCUUACUCUUUUCUAGAUGCUACAAAGGACGACAAGUUUUCCGAGGCUGCCAACUCUUCAGAUGAUGGUAAAGAGACCAGUUGUAGCAAGAGACGCCGAACUCGCACCAACUUUACUGGGUGGCAAUUAGAGGAGUUGGAAAAGGCCUUCUACGAUUCUCACUAUCCGGAUGUGUUCAUGAGGGAGGCCCUGGCACUGAAGCUGGACUUGAUGGAGAGCCGAGUACAGGUUUGGUUUCAAAAUCGCCGAGCUAAAUGGAGAAAGAAAGAGAAUACCAGGAAAGGUCCAGGACGUCCGGCUCAUAACGCACAUCCACAGACCUGCAGCGGAGAUCCAAUGGGUGAGGAAGAAAUCCGCAGACGAGAGCAGGAACGACUAGAGAAGAAGAGAAAGAAACAGGAUGAAAGACUGCGGAAGUUGAGCAUAAGAAGAAAAAUACUUAAUGAUAGUGAGGUCAUUUCCGCCACCGAUGAAGAUGGAGGCAGGGCACAAUUCCGAUUUCAUGAUCACCAUUUCUUGUCACCAGUGUCGUCGAUUUCCGGAAAUGAUGUUAGUACUGAUAGUUUGUCAGGCAGUCUGUCAGAUUUUCCUGAAAACGUUGAUCAAAAUAUGCUGCACAGUAACCAUUCGGUUAGCACUGUUCCCACUUGUAACACGACAGAUAGUAUCAGAGACACCUCAUCAAACGCUAAGCUUUCAGGUCUCUGCUCAUUCACCAUUGAGAAACUUCUGGAAGCCCCGAAAGUACCUCGAGGGCGGCGUCCAAACUCCAAAUACCCACUUGUACAAGCUUGUAAGUCUAUGGGAGCUCUAGGGCUGAGUCUGCUGCCGUGUUUCCCUGUCACACAGCCAAUGGGAUUUCUGGUGCAGCAGUUAGUUCACGACGACAGCUCGCCUUCCUUACCAGAAUGUGACAGCUCAGAAAAAUCGUUGCCAAACGUUGACCGCAACUCCAAUAAUAUCGAUUUCCCUGCACUUAAAUUGUCGCUUUUGGAUACUUCAGAAAAUAACGGACAUAACAGUUCUGAACAUUCGCCGUUUCCAGUUAAACUAAACCACAAAUAUGCGACUAUUUCUUUCACUGGAACCACGCACAGCAAUAUUACUUAUGGUGAUUCUAGUCAACGCAGCAGCAAAACAUUUCAUGAAAGAAACGAAUCAUACAACACCAGUGAACAUGUUUUAAAUCUGAGUAUUUUCAAUAACAAAAACUGCAUGGAAAAUAUCAAAUACAGUGACACGUGA